AACUUGAUUUUGUUUACUGAACCGCCGGUGUCCGAAACAGUGGUAGACCAAUUCUAUGGACCGCAUAUGGCACUGUGCUGUCGCUGCCCCCUAAUCUUACAACAACAACAACAGAGAUCUGUUGUUGUUUUAACAACAGAGAUCCUAUUUAGAUCGUCUUGAAGUAAUAAAUUGUGCAACAUCAAAUGAUGAAGUGAAGUCCUUGACAUCAUGGAAGAAACAAUCCAGAAAAUCUUAUGUAACUUGUUCAUAAGGCUACUUGAUGAGAAAAUUGUUCGUAACAUCAGCAAGGAAAUAGAGACGCUGUUGCCAGAUGCCAAGAGAUUGUUGGUAGCAGAAGUGGUCACCAGGAUCAGAAGUUUAUUGCUGGAAGAUGUACCCAAAGCUUUAAUAACUGUGACCCUGUUGUGUAACGGCUGCCCAACUCUACGCAAUAGCUUGGGUGUCUGUUUGGGGGAGAUUCUUCUUGCAUGUACCGAGAGGAUCCACAUCAGCCACAUUGAAGAAUUUAACAAACGGUCUCAGUUUCAUGUUGCUGUUAAAGCACUCUAUGGUAUUUUGCAGUACAUUUUUCCUCAAAAUUUCCUGUUGCUUGAGAGACCAGAAAUAACACGGCUCCUAGAAAAAAUGUAUUUAUCUCUGUUAUUAGCUAUGACAAGUGAUAAGUUGCCGUCUGAUUGUGCUUUGAUCACUGCAACAUCACUAAACAUCAUCCUCGUGUAUCUGAAACGACACAACGAGAAAUUGGAAUUUUUCAAUGUACUGUCGACUGUUAAUAAAAUACAAAUGAAUGAAAUUAAAAAAGAUGAUAAAUAUUCAAUUGGAGAGCUGCUAAAGUUUCAUCAUGAAAGUAUGAAUCUCCGGAGUAUGAAAUGUGUUCAGCCAUCACGUGCAAUUGUGUUGAUUCUUCAUGGGCUUUUCAAUUCGGGAGUGCAAUGGAUAUACGAAGGUGUUAACUGGGAUGAAGUGAACACUGUAAGAAAAGCAUUAAUACAGGAAAAUCAUAAGAAUCAUCAUUGUGAUCUCAGACCAGAAUCAGCUCGGUGUGUUGUACUGCCUCUCACGCAAGUUCAGAAGCAAAAUGAAUAUGAUGGCAGAGAAGAUGAAAACAUUUUCUUGUAUGACAUAUACUUUCUCAUCAGAAGUCUCUGCAGAGGUGCAACAAGUUACACAUUUCAGGCUUUUCAGGUGUUACAUAUGUGGCUGUCAUCUUUGAGGAAGUUGGGUGACAAGAUGCAAGAAAGCUUAGCUGGUGUACUAGAACAAGAGGCUACUGGAUUGCAUCAAGAAUACAUUAAAAAUAUUCAUCCAUCAGAGAAAUGGAUAUUUAGUAUACAAUCCUCAAGACAGAAUACUGUAUUUCACCUACUGAAUUCUAACUGGGAGAAUCCUGCUAAAGGUGUCAGUGAUAUUGUGUAUACCUGCAUGACUGAGCUGCUGGAGUUGCAUGAGGAUAGACUACCAGGCCAGGCAAAAGUACUAGCAACUGAUAUCUUGGGAGCUGUGGUGUCAUUUGCUGCAUGGAGCUCCAAGAGCACCUACCCACCUCUUGCCCUCGCUAUCUCUUAUGUUGGCGCUCAGGAGACACUUUUGCUUCACCCAACAUUGCCAGCAGGUUUAGCAACAUCAUUAAGUGUAAACCAUCUUGCUCCUGCUGGUGCUGCUGUUUACAAGAUAAUCCUUAGGCAGCUGUCUUCAUCUAUUUGGUCUCAGUAUUUCUUCACCAUUGUAUGUGAAGCUCUGCAUGGUAACAGAUUGACCCAGCAGCACAUGGUGUCAUUAUGGCUACCACCUACUCUACAUCAUUAUCCUAGUAUAUAUUUAAAUCUGCUUAGUAGCUGCCAAGAUACUACAGCUGGGUGGGUUGCAAGAAUGGCAAUUUUAAGAGUUGCACGCUCCUUUGGUAUUUUUGGUUUAAAAGACCAUAGUACUGUACAAAGUCAGAGGCUAAUCACCUUCCAGACACAAAAAAGUACUAACGAAGACCUGGUUCAUAAUAAUGAGAAUGAAUUUAAUGAAAUAACCGUUCUCCCAGUUAUGUUGUACAUCCAGUCAGCACUUAAUCACAUAAACGAGACUGUACGAGGAGAAGCCUUGUCUCUUCUCUGCCACACACAGAAGGCUUCGCAACCUGUUUCACUUGAAGAAUCAAUUUGUAUUAAAACAUUUUUCAAGUUUAAUAUGAAUAUUGAUUCAACCCCAUUUAGGCAAGGUAUAAUCAAAUGUUACAAGGCUUUAGUAAUUAGAUUACGUGAUGCCUCUGCAGCUGAGCUUAAAAAGUUGUCUUUUAAAAUUCAGACUUCAAGUGAUUGUUCCCCAGAGUUUAUGAAAAACUUUAAAGCUUCUCCUGUCCUUAAAAUUAAUAUAGAGCUUUUGGUAUGGUUUAUAAAGUUUUUCCACUAUAACUUGACACCGGAUGGGAAUUACCAGCGAAGAAUACUCUCCCUGCAACUAUACAAAGAAACGCUCUUAACAUUUUAUGAAAAGAAAAGUUCUUUUUCCUACUCACUGGCUAAGAGGUACAUGCCAGUAUGUGCUUACAUAAACUUAACCUCAAAAUCUGUGGCUUGUCUUGAAAAUGAGAGAGAAAACCAACCAGUUACAAACCUAACCUUAUCUUGGACUCAAGAGAUGCUCUACUUUUCCUGCUUGGAUGAGAUGGAUGACAUUAGAGAAGAAGUAGAGAACACUUUAGAAAUUUUGGAGUCAUCAAUGAACAUAAGCUGUAUCACGGCAGAAGAGUGGCUGCGACAUGGGUUGACGCUUUGCAACUCUGCCAAAGUCAGUGAUUGUGAGAGUGGAGCAGUCUUGCUUAAGAUCAUGUCGUCAUCUUGUUACAAUAGUAACCAUGAUAUCUCCAGUAUGCUGAAGAAUAUGGAAUCGAGCUUUGAGUCGGAGAGCAUGAUUGACUUCUUGUUCUGCUAUAUAGAAAGACAGUUCAAGGAAGCUCAGAAGAAUCUUCUAAAAGCUGCUAGAUGCACUCCCAUCCAUGGUCCUCUGAUGGCUUUAGGUCGAUGCUUAUGCGAAGGAACACAAGCUGAAGCUCUGCCAUCAAAAGAAAUGCAACACUUUGUAGAAAGAUUAACCAACCUAAUGGUGCAAAUAGUGGAAUUCAUGUUGUCCAAAUUAGCAUGUGCAUCACCAAAUGGCUCAGCCAUUGCUCCAUCAUUUGCCGAGAUGGGAGCAGCUGUGGAGUUGAUCAUCCAAGAGUGUGGAGGAAAUCUGGAGGGGCCAUCAGAAAGAGAAGCAAGUUCUUCUCAUGAUAGGCAUGAAGACAUACCAGAAAAUAGUGUGGAUGAUGACGAUGAAGACGGUUCUCUCUGCGAGGACCAUUUAUUAAUUGUAGCAUGUUGCUGGCAAACUUUAAAGACAUGCUGUACAGUGUCCAGCAUGUGUGUGUCCCGCUGGCUGAACUCUGUUAGGGAAGACCAAAUUGAACAAUUGUUGCGUGCUGUUGUGGUUCGUGUAUUAACAGGCACUAGACACAAAGGAGCAAUGGAGGGUGCGAGAACUGCUUACAGCCAACUUUGCCACGUUCUACUCACUACCGACUCAAAAAUUGGGCAACUUGUAUAUAAACAGGUUCAAGAAAUCUUAGAUCAACUGAAGUCUGGUGCUCGUACCUCCAUAACACGUCGUGCAGCAGGGAUGGCCAUGAUGAUACAAGCUGCAUGUGGUGCGGCUCCACGCACUAAUGCAGCACUCGUUAAUGACACCAUAAUUAACCUUGUUAAUAUUGCUAAGACAGAGUACGAGGAGAAAAGUACAACAGACUCCCCUCCAGUUUUGGCUCUGCAUGUACUCCACUCUCUGGUCAUCCAUGCUCCGCUGGCCCAUCACCUCCUCCACCACAUGCCUCCCAUUACUGCUACCUGUCUACAAGCCUUCACCCACGACUCGUGGGCUCUCAGAAAUGCAGCUCUACAGUUGUAUGGAGCAGUAGUGCCUAGAAUGGUGGGUCAGAAGAAAGUGCGUGACGAGUCAUCUACCCUGAACAGUCUCACAGCUCCGGAGUUUCUGUUUCGACACCCAAACCUUGCAGAGUCACUUCUUCAGCUACUUACAAGUUCAUGCAAGAGACUUACAUGUGAUAAAGACAUAAAAGAGAAAAUUGUACAUUCAAAAGAACGAAUUUCUAUAAAAAUGUCAUCUAGCCUAGUCCCAGUAUUGAGUUUAUUGGCAAGACUUUCACCUGGGACUGGAUUACAGCAGAAUAAAGAGCUUAACGACACACUUGGAAAAUUUUGUGAGGUUACGAACAGGCUCUUGGGUUCACCUGUAUAUACUAUCCGCAGACUUGCAUCCCUGGCAAUUGUGGCACUUACUCCCAUUGAGCAGGCUCACUGUUGCAUUAACGACAUUCUAAAUAUAUUAAAAAUACCAGAGUUAACCAAUACAAAUCGAAUUCAUGGUAACCUAUUUACACUGAAAAGCUUUCUACAAACAUAUCCUAAGCUUGCAAGUGAUCAGCAACUGAAAAACAGUGUUGUUGCUUCACUGGGUUGGCUCCUGGAACCAAAUAAUAAAUGUUCCAUUAUUGCUGACCUUGCUGUAAAUAUCCUUAGUCUCCUGCAGGUGAAUAUCACAACUAACCCAAAGCCUUCAGAUUCAUUUCAGCCAGGUGCACCAGAAUAUUUGCAUAAUUUUACAAUGAUGAUCACCGAACAAAAUUUUCAUGAUGUACUUGAAAAGAUAUUAUCUGAACAUGAUUUGGAGGAAAAGAUCGAGCAACUAGUAGUUAAUUUGAAAAUUCAAACAAAUAGUUCUUCAAUAUGCAAAUUUGAAAAAUUACUAUGGCAAAGGCUGGAACAAAGAACUUCAACACGAAGAAGUUUGUUAGGAGUGAUGAAGAUGUUGUGUGUCAUAUUAGAUGAAAAUGCUAGCCUUAAUUUUGGUCCGUCUGAAAAGUGUGUGGAAAACCUUUUGAUAUUGCUCAAGGGAAGAUAUGGUGCUAAAGCUACGUCGCUAGCUCUGGUUAUCGUUGCUCAUUUAUUUAAAAAAUUAAAUGAUGAUUUGUGGCCUGGAAGCAAAAUGAAGAUGGCCCUAUUAUUUGCCUUUUCUGACAUCAUCAGUUUGUACUCUGCCCCAACUUCCACUGAGGAUUAUCGGUUAGCUGCAAGUAUUGCACUAAAGAUUUCAUUAAAGACAUUGCUUUACUCUCUGAAAGAUAUUUGCACAGCAAAUAAAGAACACAUAAUUGUUGCAUGCACUGAGCUACUACAAGAUGAGGAUUCAGACAUAAGAGAUUCAGCAUGUCAUAUUGUGCUUUCACUUUCAAAUACUAAUUAUCAUACGAGUACAAUGAACAUCUUGGAGAAAGGUUUAUCAAAUGAGUGUUGCAGCUGGCAACUUCUCUCGCAGGAUCUGCUUCAUCCAAAUCUUGCUUUACUGGAAUUUGCUAAGUAUAUUGUCAGGAAAUGCAUUCAUACCAGUGACUGGUCAACUUUUCGAGUUAUUUGGAGACUUUGUUCUGGCCAGUACAAUGAUGAUUUUUUGUCAUUAAAUAAAUCUUUACCAAAUUCUAAAUCAUCUCUCUUUCAAUCACAUACAAUGAACUUGUAUAAAGAACCCAAACAGCUGAGCUAUACAAUGGCCAAGGCAAUGUUAGAUACACUUAAAGAAUCUCACAAGAAUGUAAGCCAGAAUACUGUCCCACAGUGGCUGCAAGAAGAAGGCGACACACUGAAUAAAAAAGGAAAAAUUCUCAGUAAACUUGUUUUCCAGCACCCACAUUUGUAUAAUCAAAAGCAACUUCUGUCUGUCACUUGUACAUAUAUCAUUGCAUCAAAAACAUUGCUGUCCAUCGGUAACAUAUUUAAUGUCCCAAUCAAUCUUGAGUAUUCCCUUGCUUGGAAUCCAUCACAUUUUUGUGCAGUAGCAAUUCAGAGAUGAUGAUAACAUUAUAUGGAAUGAACUCCAGACAAUUUGGGUGUGUGAAGUAUGCUUUAUGUUUUUUGUUUUUUUUAAGGAAUAUUUAAGAUUCAUAAAUCCUCUUAAUAGAUUUUUUUCAUAUCUUGUAUCACAGUUUUGACCAAGUAUGGCAGUUUAUUUUGUAUGAAUUGAAUAAAGCAUAACAAUUUUAAAA